UCUCCACGCGGUCCCCACGCAGCCUCCACGGGGCUGCCGCGUCUUGGCCGUCCCCGCCUUCCCCUCUCCUACAGGGCGGGUUCCAGCCUGCGCUCACCCGGCCCUCCCCGCCCCGCCGCCCGGCACCGCCCGCCGGUCCUCCUCCCGCGCCGACGCGGCGGAGCGCACCGGCCCGCGGGGUCAGGUGGUUGGGUGACGCCCCGGGAAAGCGCUCCCCACCACGCGCGGGCGGCGCCACCGCGCCCGACGCCUCCGGGGGAGGGGACUUCCCGGGAGCAGCGGGCGGAGGACGGGAGGAGCACGGCGCGGCGGGCGGGCGGGCGGGCCGAGCUGGGACGGGCUGCCGGCGGGAGGGAGACAUGGACCGCAGCGAGCAAGGUCUGCUGAGAACAGACCCAGUACCUGAGGAAGGAGAAGAUGUUGCUGCCACGAUUGGUGCCACCGAAACUCUGUCAGAGGAGGAGCGAGAGGAGCUGAGAAGAGAGCUUGCAAAGGUAGAAGAAGAAAUCCAGACUCUGUCUCAAGUGUUAGCAGCAAAAGAGAAGCACCUAACGGAGAUCAAGCGGAAACUUGGGAUCAAUUCACUACAGGAACUAAAACAGAACAUUGCCAAAGGGUGGCAAGAUGUGACAGCUACAUCUGCGUACAAGAAGACCUCUGAAACCUUAUCUCAGGCCGGACAGAAGGCUUCAGCUGCUUUUUCGUCUGUUGGCUCUGUCAUCACCAAAAAGCUGGAAGAUGUAAAAUUGCAAGCCUUUUCACAUUCCUUUAGCAUACGCUCCAUUCAACACUCAAUUAGCAUGCCUGCUAUGAGAAACUCCCCAACUUUCAAAUCAUUUGAAGAAAAGGUUGAAAACUUAAAGUCUAAAGUUGGGGGAAACAAGCCUGCUGGUGGUGAUUUCGGAGAAGUCUUGAAUUCGACUGCAAGCGCCAGUGCCAGCACCACGGAGCCUCUUCCAGAGCAGACGCAGGAGGGCCUGUGAGCCUCCCACCUUUGUUCUGCUGCUCACUGCCAGAUGCUGCAAGCGAGAUCCAAGCACAUCUUGUCAACAUUCAUUGCCAUGAACUUCCACCAGAUGUGCUUUUGUUGAGCUUUACAUAUUCCUUUGACCAAAUAGCUUGUGGGUUGAACAAUGUAAAAGUAUCUUCACUUCUAUUCCUGGGAAACACCCUUUAGUGUGCAUUUCAGCCCCUUUAUUUAGCAAAUGUCACGAUGAAAACACAUCUAGUACCUGGGGAUCCUCACUAGAAUGAAAUGAGAAGCUGUGGGUUAUCAUAAUUGCUUACACAAUUGCUCUGGGUGUGGGCUACCAGUUUGAUCUUUUUCUUCUAUACAGGUUUCUGUUUUUCCUCUUUGAAUCUCUGUAUAUUUGAUUCCUAGAUUAGACUCUUCUUUAAAAUGCUCUGCAUCCUGCUUAUUAAAAAAGUUUUGGCGAAAUGUUCUUUACCUCCGAGGGAAGAACUAACCAGCUACACAAAAUAUUUUUGAGUAUUGUUUGGGGAUAAAGUAUCUUAUAUCUUGGGUGUCUGAAGACACCAGACUAAAUAAAUCUGCUCUAUAUUCAGUUUCUUAUAGUUUUGUAAGUGACGUUAUGUACAGUAAUUUCAAAUCCUAGGUGACUGAGAGUGGAGCCCUUUGUUUAUCACCAUCUGUGACAGUAACCAUUUCAGUGUCAUGGUUAUUAUGCCACUUAUAGCUACUUAUUUUUCACCAGAUUAAAAUUUUAGUUUUGGAGGAAAUUAUAAGGUAACAUUCUAAAUUAAGUAUAUUGUAUUAUCAAUAGGUUGAAAUUUGAACACUGUCCUCAAACAUUCAGUUCCAAAGCCUGAAAGUUUUUUUAGAUCUAGGUGGCUGAAAAGUGCUAAAAUCAAUCGCAUUAGGGGAAACGCUGUCUUCAUUUAAUUCACUUAGCAGCAUUUAAAAUAAGCACACCAAGUUAUAUGACUAAUAUAACUUGAAAAAUUUUUAUACUAAGGGGUUGGUAAUAACUCCUGAGGAUUUCAUGCAUUAAUAAAAAUCAACUCAUCAUUUUCUACUUACUUGUUUUCAGUUUGUUAGAAAUUACAAAAUGAUACUGUAGGCAUUGCCCCCUGCUUUGAAAACAGAGUGUCAGGGCUGAAUGAACCAAAGCCUCUGGAAGUAUCUGCAUGGAGGCCAAGGUACUCUCAUUAACUCUAGUAGCUACUUACUCAUCAUCACUGUCUUUUCCUUAUGCUGUGUAUGGUUAUGGCCUACAACGUUGUAUUUGUUAUUUAUCAAGUUGUGAUUGUUUUAUUAUUGUUUAUGCCAAAUGUUAAUUGCCAAGUUUGGAGUGACCUAAAGCAUUUUUUAAAAGCAUGACUAGAUUUACUUGGGGAUAAAUUAUCUUAUGAAAACCAAAUCUGAAAAGCUACAAGUGUUGAUUGUUAUGAAGUAACAUGCUGCCCUUUUUGAUUGCUGGAGCUUUUGUGAGCACUUCAGAUGCAAUUGAAACUCUGCUCUAUUACAUGUGAAAAGCUUAAUAAAUUCUGUGUGUCAGUA